UCAUCAGUUCGGUCACUGAGUUUAAUGGGUUCUUUCUCUUUUUAUUCUUAAAAGGAGUAGAUAGUACACUCUGCUGCCUCCAACCUGGUUAAAGAUAAAACUUGGACAUCCUCAAAAUCUGGUUACAUUUUAUCUGAGAUCUUAUAAGUAAUCCAUGUUUGUUCUACACAGUCAGAACUCAAAAGAGCCAAGAGCAACUCUGGGUGAAUAGCCAAUUAGAAUGCAAUGUCUCCGCCAAGUCUGGAGAAUGACAAAACUCUGGACUGUGGCAUCAACAUCCAGGUCGCUUAAAGUGACAAACCUACACCGAUCUAUGAACACACUGCAACAGAAACAGCAGGUGAUGGCAGAAGACAAACCAUGGGGUCUGAUCUCAGAGGUGGGGGAUGAAGGUUUUCAAGAGAGUGUCAUCGACAUUAUUGAAAAGGACUUCCACAUCAUCUGCCUUAAGGAAUUUUUAAAAAAACCCAUGCUGCACGGCCCUAAAAUCCAAGCCCUGCUUAUGUGGAACUGCAGCCCUGCAGCCGAGCCUUCCCUGCUGAGCUGGCUGCCUUCGCUGAAGGUGGUCGCCAAUGGAGGUGUGGGUAUUGAUCACUUAGAUGUGUCAUACCUUAACAGCCUCGGUGUGAAGGUGGCCAACACUCCCGGUGUGGUGAGCGACGCCACUGCAGAUAUGGCCAUGGCUCUCCUUCUGGCUUCAGCACGGAUGGUAGUGGAGGGCCACCUAAUAUCAGUCGAUCCUAAAACCACCCAUGUGCCUCAAAGCCUUUUGGGAGUUGAGGUCACAGGGUCAACUUUAGGGAUCAUUGGAAUGGGAAACAUUGGAUAUAAAGUUGCUCAGAGAAGCAAAGGUUUCGACAUGAGGAUUCUUUACCACAACAGAAACAGAAGGAGUGUUGAAGAUGAGCAGGCAGUUGGAGCAAGUUACUGUGAGAAACUUGCUGACCUGUUGAAAGAGUCUGACUUCGUGGUGGUGGUGGUGAACCUGACCCCUGACACCACUGGUCUUAUCAGCCAUAGAGAGCUGUCACUCAUGAAACCCACAGCAACACUCGUAAACGUCAGCAGAGGUCUGGUUGUGGAUCAGGACGCUCUGGCCAAAGCUCUGAAGUCUGGAACCAUCCGAGCUGCAGCCUUAGACGUGACUCACCCUGAACCUUUACCCAGGGAUCAUCCUCUCCUCAGCCUUCCUAAUGUGCUGAUAACACCCCAUAUUGGGACAAACACUAAUGCAACAAUAAGAAAGAUGGUGCAGCUGAUGGUAGACAAUGCUUUGGCAGGAGUGAAAGGCCUACCUCUUCCCAGUGAAGUCAAACCAAAAUAAAGUUUUCUUCUGUCGACAAGGUCAAGAGCA